UGCUUUAGUCAGUGCAGAAGAAGGUGAGUACGAAACUUCAUUGGAGUCUUUGGCGGGCCGACCAUUCCAAUCAACAACAAUCAGGCCACUUGUCUCUACUUUCACCCCAUUCUCUCUCUCUCUCUGCAAGUUCUCUCUCCUUUUAACAGUAUUUCCAAGUCAAUUGCCGUGUCAAGAAGCCAAACCAACAUGAUCAGCAUCUGGAAAAUUCUAUGGUACUAGACUAGAUGCUUAACAAAUAUUAUACAAAGAGUCUUGAUGGGUUUUCUUAUUGUGUGCUAAAUUGUGAAUCUACAAUGGUUGUUCCCUCCAUUAUGGCUUUCUUUGUCCUCUCUCACCUACUGUUUCUUCACUCUGCUGGAGAAGACAACACCUCAUUCCAAAACUGUCCACAGUCCUUCCAGUGUGGAAAACUUGGGCAGAUCAAGUUCCCUUACUCCAACAUCACUUAUCCCCAAUGUGGGUUGUGCACUGUAAAUUGCGGCGAAGCAAUUCCAAAACUCAAUUUCAGUGUGGACCAACCAUGGUAUGAAGUUCAUGACAAGUUUCUUAAUCAUGAGGUCCAAAAUGUUACUGACAAAAAUCUUGAAAGCCUCAUAAAAUCCAAAAGCUGCGAUGUCUUCACUUUCUACUUGCGCUGGAGUCUUCCCACUACACCUUCUGUUUCUUUUACAGUCUCCCCCAAUCUCACCUUCUUCAAAUGCCCUACCGGCGUCAACGGUAAACUUGAAAAGCAGAUUGAGCAUUUCUUUUGCCAUAAUCACAGUUACAGUUAUUACAAAGACUGCUUAGGCUACACAAUUUACUAUAAAAACCCUGACGAUCCUCCUCAAUCUCUUCUUAUUAAUGAGAGAAUUCUGCAAAGCUGUGGACAUUUUCAACUGCCGGUGUUUUCGUUGAACGAUGGCAAGAAGCGAAAUGCCAGUGAUCUGUUCUCUGUAUUGGCUUCUGAGUUCUCACUCGGAUUUCAUGUGUCAAAGGAAUGCGGUAAGUGUAACCUCACAGGAGGCCAAUGUCCUCGAUACAACAGCUCCAAGUUCCAAUGCAUUGAGCAGGCUGGCUUACCCAAAAAAAACAUUGAGCAGGCAAAACACGGAACAAAUCAUGUGAAAUUGAUUCUAGCAACAGUAUUACCGGGAGGCGGUGUAUUUCUGCUUUGCUUGCUCAUAGUUAUUACCUGGCUUCGCAAGGAAUGGAAUUAUAAUUCCUCAUACAUCUCUUCAAGGGACAAUUUUUCUAAUCGUUCCCUGCAAGCAGACACUGAAGGAUGUAAUGUCUACUUUGGGGUUUCUGUUUUCUCCUACACUGAACUUAAUGAAGCCACGCAUAACUUUGAUCCUACUAAAGAAUUGGGAGAUGGAGGUUUUGGCACUGUAUACCAUGGAAAACUCCAGGAUGGGCGGGAAGUUGCAGUGAAGCGCCUGUAUGAGCACAACUACAAGCGGGUGAGGCAGUUCAUGAAUGAAAUCCAAAUACUAACCUCCUUGAGCCACCCCAAUCUUGUCACCCUUUAUGGUUGCACCUCACGCCUGAGCCGGGAACUGCUUCUCGUCUACGAGUAUAUUCCCAAUGGUACCGUUGCUGAUCAUCUACACGGUGAUCGAGCAAAUGCUGGUUCACUCACAUGGCCUAUUCGUAUGAACAUAGCCAUAGAAACUGCCAGUGCAUUGGCUUACCUCCAUGCUUCUGAUAUCAUCCACCGUGAUAUCAAGACCAACAACAUACUCCUCGACAAUAAUUUUUGUGUCAAAGUUGCUGAUUUUGGGCUUUCAAGACUCUUCCCCAAUGAUGUCACUCAUGUCUCAACAGCCCCCCAAGGGACUCCUGGUUAUGUUGAUCCAGAGUACCACCAAUGCUACCAACUCACUGAUAAGAGUGAUGUCUACAGCUUUGGGGUUGUGCUCGUUGAGCUCAUAUCAUCAAUGCCGGCCGUCGACAUUACUAGGCAUAAGCAAGAUAUUAAUUUGUCUAACUUAGCGAUAAACAGGAUCCAAAAUCGUACCCUGGAUGAGUUAGUUGACCCAACACUUGGGUUUAAGUCAGAUUCUUCAAUUGAAAGGAUGAUUACAUCGGUGGCAGAGGUGGCUUUUAGAUGCUUGCAACUUGAAAAGGAAAUGAGGCCUACAAUGGAUGAGGUUCUGGAAGCUUUAAAGGAUAUUAAACAGUACAAAAAUGAGAACACCGGGGAGGGAAUUGACAAUGUUGGGGUGUCGACAAGUGCACGAUCACCUUCUUCGCCUCAGAGUGACAAUGUUGUGUUGUUGAAGAAAAUAAAGUCACUAUCUUCACCGGAUUCCGUGACCAACAGAUGGGUUAGUAGCUCUACCACAUCCAUUUCCAGUGGGUAAGGCUCCAUUUCACUCUCCUAAACUUCAAGAUAGAUGAUAAGAAAACGCAUUUAACAACCAUGUCGUUUGCAAGCGAAUGAUUUUUGAAUUUCUUUUCCUUUUCAUCUAUAUAUCAGAUAAUUAUAUUGAAGGAGGAAUGUAUAUAGUAAAUGGAGAUCUCAAUUAUGUAUAUGUUCAUAUUUGGAUAUACUUGAAGUAUAUAGUAAAUGGAGCUAUACUUUCCUAGGAA